UGGUGGUCUGUUUCAGAAGGGUUUGGCGAGGGAAGUGCCACCGUGUCCAAAGCGAGCCUACUUACCCCCUGAGCCUGUAGACGUCUUGUUUACAGUAGCGGUACCAGACCAGGCCUGUAAAGUACUGAGGCCCACGACGUGCUACGGGUUUAUUGCUCACAUUAUAUUCUUUCGUUACAAGGGUCAUUGUAUGAAACCUCCAAUCUGGAGCGAGGCGGCAACAACAGGAAGAAGAAGAUAGAGGAAUUCUCUAGGUCUUCUCGGGAGAAACUGGUCCAGUCGAAGAACAAGAUGUUCUCCAAAUUUACGUCCAUUCUCCAGCACGCCGUGGAAGCGCUUGCUCCAUCUCUGCCCUUGCAAGAGGACUUUGUCUAUCACUGGAAGGGUAUUACACAUUACUACAUUGAAACAUCUGAUGACAAAGCCCCAGUCACAGACACCAACAUCCCAUCCCACCUGGAGCAGAUGCUGGACAUUCUGACCCAGGAGGAGGCCGAAAGGGAGUCUGGUGAGACAGGACCCUGCAUGGAGUACCUCCUGCACCACAAGAUCCUGGAGACCCUCUACACAUUAGGCAAAGCAGAUUGUCCUCCUGGGAUGAAGCAGCAAGUCCUCACCUUCUACACCAAGCUGCUUGCUCACAUUCGUCAGCCGCUUCUGCCGCACAUCAACGUCCACCGACCUGUACAGAAAUUGAUCCGCCUGUGUGGGGAGGUUCUGGCCGCACCUACUGAAAACGAGGAGAUCCAGUUCCUUUGCAUAGUCUGUGCCAAACUAAAGCAAGACCCAUACCUUGUCAACUUCUUCCUUGAGAACAAAUCAAAGAGACCAGAGAUAAAGAGUCCUGCUGCAACAGAGGGGGUCAUGGAAAGUGUCCUGGCUCCCGACACCGGUCAGUCUCAGGCAGACCACCCUGGACAGCCACAAGCUGCAGCUGCCGCCUCCACCUCUAGCCCUACUAACAACAAUAACACCAACAACUAUAAUCUGGUCACCUCGCUUCUUAACCUCACAAAGAGUCCUGAUGGCAGGAUAGUGGUGAAAGCUUGUGAGGGCUUGAUGCUCCUCGUCAGUCUGCCAGAGCCUGCUGCAGCGAGGUGUUUAACAGAAAACACCGAUCUCUGUGAGCUUCUCACUGACAGGCUGGUCUCGUUUUAUAAAGCCCUGCCACCGUCUAUGGACCCCUUGGACAUUGAGACAGUGGAGUCAGUCAAUUGGGGUCUAGAUGUCUACAACCUGAAAGAGGAUGCGGCUGUCUUCACGGGGAAGAGGGCUCUGAUAUCGUUCUUGUCGUGGCUAGAUUAUUGCGACCAACUCAUCAAGGAGGCGCAGAAGUCAGCAGCUGCAGUGAUGGCAAAAGCUGUAAGAGAAAGAUUCUUUGUGUCUGUGAUGGAACCGCAGCUCAUGCAGACGUCCGAGGUGGGAAUCUUGACCUCCACAGCCCUGUUGAACAGAAUCGUACGGCAGGUGACGUCAGAAGCUUUGCUGCAGGAGAUUGUUUACUUUCUGCUGGGCGAGGACAAGGAGGCAGAAACUGCGGCUGCGAUCGUUCAGAAUCCACUCAGGCACAGACUCAUCGAGCACUGUGACCAUCUGUCAGAUGAGAUCAGCAUCAUGACGCUGCGGUUGUUCGAGCAGCUGAUCCAGAAGCCCAACCAGCACAUCCUCCACAGCUUGGUGCUGCGCAGCUUGGAGGAGAGGAACUUCCUGGAGAACAAACCGCAGGAGGAGCGGGAGCCCCUGGAGAAUGGCCAGCCCCAUGAUGCUGUAGACCUCGAAGAGGAUCCACUGUUCGGAGAUGACCUCUCCUCAGACAGCAGGCUGUCUGGCUCCGACUGGUUCGGCUCCAGCCCCCAACACAGUCCCGAUCACGCAAAGUCUGAUGGGAAGACAGAGGUCCACAAGAUAGUCAACAGUUUCCUGUGUUUGGUGCCUGAUGAGGCCAAGUCCUCGUAUCACGUUGAAGGCACCGGCUAUGACACCUACCUCAGAGAUGCACACAGACAGUUCAGGGAAUUUUGUGGCAUCUGCCAGCGGUGGGACUGGAGGGGAAAUCCAAAGCCUUUGGAAAAGUGUAACUUGGACAUGGCGUUCUACGAGGGUCACUUCCUGAAGGUCCUCUUUGACAGAAUGGGUCGCAUCCUUGAUCAACCUUACGAUGUCAACCUGCAAGUGACUGCCGUGCUUUCCAAGUUGUCUUUGUUGCCACACCCACACCUACAUGAAUACCUGCUGGACCCUUACAUCAACUUGGCCCCCGGCUGCAGGUCGCUGUUCUCCGUCAUUGUCAGGGUGGUUGGAGAUCUAAUGUUGAGGAUUCACCGGAUCCCAGACUUCACACCCAAACUGCUGCUCGUCAGGAAGAGAUUGUUAGGCUUGGAACCAGAGGGAGUCACUAUCGACCACAGUACGCUGCUGGAAGGGGUGAUCGUACUGGAGGAGUUCUGCAAAGAGCUGGCAGCCAUCGCCUUUGUCAAAUAUCACGCGGCAGCCUCGUCCUCGCCAUAGUCUUCCUGCCGUUCCGCCAUCUGCCUCGGCCAGGCGGACAGGUCAGGAUGAACCGAGGCCCCUCUGGGCUGCUGGUGACACAGGGUUGGCAGAAUAUUACCACUAACUGGUUUCAGCUGCAAGACUGUUAAGAGCCCACACAGACGGGUUUCAUCAUUUCCCUUCCUCUGACCUCUGAGCAGGUCGGAGUACAGACACUGCCCAGCCAGCAGAGGAGGCAGAGGACAGGGACUGUGAUCAAGGUGCACAGACAUGUUCACUGGACUCUUUUUCACCCUCUGAUGUUUCUCACUGCCCUCUCCUCUUCCACCUAUAUCUUCAGAGUUUGAGUGGAAUUUUAAUAUCAAGGAGUAAAUGUGUGUAUUUAUGUUUCGUCGUGUUACCACCUUGUUUGUAAAAGUCAUUGCCUUAGUGUGGUGUCACACCUUUCAGUUACAGCAAAGUGUUUCUCUGUGAAACAUUUGAUCUUUAAUCCGUCUCAUGUUGUCUGUUUAAAGAUAGUAAGGUUCGUACUCAAUCAGAUAACAAUGGAAAAACAAAUUAAGAGCAUGGGAACAUUUUUCUAUUUCCAGACUUUAUUCAAAAUCAUGUCUAAAUUUUGUCCUUCCUUCCUCUUGUCUUUUAGUUCAUGUGUCCUACCUUCAGUCUUUGCUCGUGUCCUUCGUUUCUUUCUUGUCAUUUCUUUUUCCUUUAUAGCGUCCCUCUUUCUUUCCUUCUCUUUGUCUCUCCUUUUUUUCCUUCGUCAGGUCCUUCGUUUGUUCUGUCCUUUCUAUACUCCCUCCCUUUUUCAUUCCUUCCCUUCCUUCCUUGUUUCCUUGUGGAGCACUGAGAAACCCUGGAUGAUUAAGUCUUGAAAAGUCUUAAAAUGUCUAUCUGAAUAAUGGGGAGAAACCAAGAGAUAAGCUGUAGAGGGAAAAAAAUGACCCCCACCAUUAAUCCUUAUACAUAUCUGUAGUUACAUCCAUAGUGAAGUACUGCACUCAUUUUAAAUGCCAAGUUAUCUUAUUUAUUUCUUUGUUUGCUUUCAUGUUGCCUUUUUUAUCUAAUGUAGUAUUAAGAUGAGAAGCAUCAGUUUAAGGGCUGACUGCAGAGACGCUGUUCACUUUAAUUUGUGUUGCUGUCGUUCCUCGGUUUGACUUUAACCGCCCAAAGAUGUGACCCUCCAUCACGCUGCGUUGAACAAAAUGGUGAAUUUGCACACGGACCUCACUUCGUUGCACUGGUUACAUCAUAUGUUGUUUCAUGAAGAUGAGGAAGUUUGUUGGAACUCAACAGACCAAGGGUUUAUUGUUUUACCCAUCAGUGUUUGUAAGUUAUUCCUGCUGGGGGGUUGCAUAGAAAGUAGGCAUGGGUCGGUCUAAGAUUCUCAUGGUGAUGUUAUUCAGAGUAAAAAGUACUCUUAUUUACUCAAAAAUGACUGUUAUAACAGUUAAAGUAUGAUUAAUUUGUUGUUAUUCUGCCUUUGAUUCACAGACUAAAGGAUAAAACCAAAUAUACAACUGUUUUUAGUGCUCGUAGAGCAGGAAAUUAUACCUUGUCCAUCUGCUCUUUACACACAAAGUUCCUACCGGUUCUUAAAAAGUUUGACGUUUCGUUUCACAUUUUUCCUGGUCAAGAUAAGUUUGGAAAAACAAAUUAAGAGUAUGGAAGAAUAUUUUGGACUAGACUUUUAUUUCUAAACUUUAUUGGCUGUUUAAAUAACUUAAAUCCCCAAAGUAAGUUGGUCCCAGCAGAUUACCCCCCAUGUUGUACAUGGUUACCAUAAUGUCAGCUGUUUCUCCAUCUACCACCUCAGGCUUUGAGUAUAGCAAAUUGAAAUAAUCUACAGUGCAUGCACCUGUAGAUGUUUCAAGGAUAGAUGCUACUUAUGUGAUGGGACAGAUAGAGACGUGGUGAACGCAGGAAUGUUUAUACUAUUUUACUAUAAACUGAUUAGGACAAGAAGCCGAGGACUGUUCAUCCUUCGCUUUGUUUCCUUACCUACAGACUUUGGUUUUUAACAGCGCUUGAAGUGGACGUGUACAUUUAUCUCCUUGUAGCUUGCCAACUGUAGUUUUGAAACGGCAUUACCCUAAUACGAGUGAUAGAUGCCGCUCCUUUAGUUUUGUACCCCAAGACUAUCCAUAUUUUUUACUACCGGAGAUAUUUCUAAACAACCAAAUUUGUCCUUCCAGUUUAAAAGUGUUGCAACCUGGCGCGGCGCUGAUGGUGUAGGGGUUAAGUGCGCGACCAUAUACGGAGGCUAAAGUCCUCGAAGCGGCCGUCCUGGGGUUCCGGACCCGGCGACAUUUGCCGAAUGUCUCCCCCUCUCUCUACCCCUCUUUCCUGUCUGCCUACUGUCAAAAAAUUUCAAAUAAAGGCCACUAGUGCCAAAAAACAUAUCUUUAAAAAAACAAACAAAAGUGUUGCAACCUACCUUUCAGCCAGCUGGCUGGCAGUGUGCAGCACUUUUCAAAGCGGCUCUACCUUAUUAAGUGUAAAGGAUGACAGCCCUCUAGCUUUCACGAAACAGGUGUCCAUCCUCCUCGCAACUAAAAAUAGAUCAAAGCAGCUGAGUUUGUCAUUCAAGUGGAAAAGUGUAGCAACCUCCUUUAGUUUCCUCGCCAUGGCUGCCCGUGGAUUUCACGACUGCAGAUAUUUCAGAAUGGAUGAAUUUGACUUUCUAGUUGAGAAGCAUAACAACCUUCAUUCAGCUGGCUGAAAGGCAGUGCGCAGCAGUUUAACGUACGUUGAUGUACUAGUGGCGCUCCUUUAGUUUCACAAAAUAGCUGAAUGUUGUCGUUCUAGUAAGCGAGGUAAGGUAUGGAAACCUUCUUUCAGCCAGCUGACUUGUAAUGUGCAGAAACAGGUGGGGGAGGGGCAGCGUUGCAUUAUAUUAUGCAUCAAACAGUUUGGCGGUUGCUGCGGCACUACCUGCGGCAUCUCAUCAAAAGGACCUGGAACAGUUUAGUGGUGAGCGGCUCAUACCUAGCGAAGAAUCGUAAGGAGAAACAUUUGGGUUAACUCAACCUGGAAGGAAAAACUCAUUUUGUCUUUUUUUAAUCAUGCAGGAAACAAGAAAUCAUUGAGGAAAAAAAAACAAAAAAACUUGGCGCAAAAAUGAAAGUUUUUAUUCUUUCAAGAAAUUGAUCUUUGGAUUCCCUGGAUGACAGGAAAUCAAGAGCUUCUUCGCAGGUUGUCAUGACAUCCUGUGAGGUGUUGCAGUAUUGCAUGUGCACUCAUGUUGCUGUGGUGUGUGUUGCCUUGGGGAUGUCUAAUUUAUAAUCCUGCUCAUAAAAAAUGCUUCUUAACGUGCUUUUUGUUUUAGCAUGAGAUCUGUCCGAGGUUCUGUGUGUUUGGUAUUUUGUUGCUGAGAAGAAUGGAGAAUGUUAUUCAUUGAAGCCAUAAGUAUCUGCUCCUUAGUCUUGUUUUUUUUUUGUUUUUGUUUCCCUCUCUGGAUUCAUCACUCUUGCACCUAAGGCACAUUAUGCAAACUGCAUGGAUUCAGAUUUGCACAUUGUCCUAAUUUUUGUUUUGUAUGUUUUUUUUCUUUAUGAACCAAAACAGAGAGAAAAAAGUCUUAGAUGUGCCAGGAGUAACAUUUCUAUUUUAAUGUUGAACUUUUCUUUUUUUAACUGUCAAUCAUGCACAUUUUUAUCAACCAUUUUCCAACAUCUGGUGUACAUUUGUAUAUCAUAUGUAUACAAUAGCAUUAGAGGUAUACUACCUGGUGAAAAUGCAUGCUUGAAGCAAUUAUUUUUCAUUUUAUGGAGAGCAAAAAGGGACAGUCCAGUCGGGUUUGUUCUUAGCUGUCAGCACUUUGUUCUGUUAGGACACGGACAGGGAGAGGAGAUGCCUUAAUCAACACUGUGGGUCUCUGAGGGUUUUCUGCAUCAUUGGAUUAAUGUGAUCCGACUACAAGUGCAUCGCAAUAAAUUAGAAUAUCAUGCAAAGGUUUUAGCAAUUGAGUCCAAAAAGUGAAACUGAUUCAGUCACUCACUGGCAUCCUACUAGAAAAAUAGCUGAGACAGCUGCUGACAGAGUGCUGUAUCCAUGCACAUUAAUGGAAAGUUGAGUGGAAGAAAAAGGUGUGGUAGGAAAAGUUGCAUAUCCAACAGGGAUAACAGUAGCCUUCUGAGGAUAGUGAAGUAAUUCCAGUUCACGUUUGAGGGAAAUUCACAAGGCCUGGUCUGGAGUCUGUUCUUUAUACAGACACGUCCACAACAUCAGCAAAAACUGCUGAAUUUCUUGUUAGGCUACUCAUGUCACAGAGACAAUGUCAGAAGCGUCUGCUGUCCAUAACGUGGGAAUCUCCCCUCACACUUUAAUGGGCUUUUGUUCAUAAUCCUCCCAAGGCUGCAGUUACCUUUGUUGCUCGUCAACCUUUCUUUACCACACUUAAUCCUUCCACUUAACUUUACAUUAUUAUGUUUAGAUACAACACUUUAAGAUGGCCCUCCCUGUGGAGGGCAUCAGUGGCUACAUUUCCCAUGGUUGUGCAGGCCAUAACAAUCCUGUAUGAAAAUGUUUUUUGUACCAUUAGUGUCAGCUCUCUAAAAACUAUGAUUCUGGGUUCCUGUUUUGCUUGUUAAACAUGUUAAUUUAACUAUUUUGUCAGUCAGCCAAAUAUACAAUAAUUAAAACUCUUUGUGACAAAUGUACUGAUUUGGUGUUCCAAAAUGUUUUUCAUCUGAAUACAUUUGUCAGUUGAAAUGUAAUGUUUAUUACUGCCAACACAUUUAUUCACAUGCAGGAAAUAUACUUGAUGCUCCUUAAAAGGUUGCGGUAUCCCUUUUUGCUUAAGAACCUUUUUCUACCAGUUUAUCCUUCCACUAAACUUCUCAAUUUCUGUAAAAUUUCUUUAUAAAAGAUAACUUUAGUUAUGUAUAAUAUUCAGAUUUUAUUGAAUAACUGAAGUUUGGGUUUUCAUUAAUAAUCAAAAUGAGUUUCACCUUCAAAUUGCUAAAAUGCAUCAAUGAUAUUCUAAAUUUGAGAUGCACCUGUAAGCUUUCCUUACGAAGGCUAAUGUAUUGGUGUGUGAAGAUGUACAGGAUUCAGUAUAUAGUCAAAUCUGAUAACAAUCACUGCAUAAUCUCUGGUUUCAUCAUUUCUUUUAUCAGACGUUAUUUUAGGCAUUAAGGUCAUUUCUCCAACUAAUCCAUGCAGAACCAUCAGUUCAUUUAGUCAUCGGCUAACUGCUGUUAUACUUUCAUUGGGGUCCAUUCAAAACGGCAUGGUUUUGUUUACCAUCCUCUGUCCCAAUAAUAAAAAAGGAAACAAGUUCAUCUCUCAGCAGAUGCAACCAUUUUCUGAACA